AUGUUACCAUGGCUUCAGCAUCGUUGGACAGCCCUCUGGCUACUCAUAAGUGCCUUAGGAGCCUUUUGCCUGUUUUUAUAUGGAUUCUUUCCAUUAAAAUAUCAUACAGGAAAAUUUGGCCGAAUUGAAGAUCUACCUAAUUUUAUUAAUAGUGUCAGUAUUGAUGGUGGUGUUGUUUAUAAAUCUGCUGGUGAAAAUAGUGUUAUACUUAUGGUAAUAGAUGGAUUGAGAUAUGAUUUUGUAUCAGAAGAAAACAUGCCAUUUACGGGCCAACUAUUAAAGGAUAAAUUAGCAUGUAUUUAUGUGUGUGUUGCUGAACCACCUACAGUUACAAUGCCAAAAAUUAAGUCACCAGAACGAAAGAAGGAAAAGGCACAGUGGAGGCGCACCAUAAACUUCUGGCGGGAUAUAUUUGCAAUGAUGACUGGUACGGUAUCGACGUUUGCUGACGUCGCUUUAAACUUUGGGGCGCCCGCCGUUACUGGGGAUAGUGUGUUAAGGGUCGCCAAGUCUAUUGGAAAGAAGUCAAUAUUGUAUGGUGAUGACACUUGGCUCAGACUCUUCCCUGGACUGUGGGCGGAGGCUGAUGGCACUACUUCGUUUUUCGUCACAGAUUAUACUGAGGUAGAUACCAACGUAACACGUCAUCUCAAUAAAACGCUGACUCCAGAUGAAAAUAGGAAACCUAUAUUUGAUUUCCUCGUGUUGCACUACCUGGGACUUGAUCACAUUGGCCAUUUAGAGGGCGCUAAAAGCCCCAAAAUAAAACCGAAACUUUUGGAAAUGGAUGAAGUUAUCAAAAAUAUAUACACUGCUAUGCAAACAUGGGACAGGGAUGGUGUUCUUAUCAUCUGUGGAGACCACGGGAUGAGGGAUGCAGGCGGGCACGGGGGGGCCACGCCCGCUGAAGUACUAGUACCCCUUGUUCUGGUCAAGAGCAAUAACUUCAAAUGUCCCUAUCCGGCGGGGCCGGGCCCGAGCGUGGCGCAGACGGACGUGGCGCCCACGCUGGCGUGGCUGCUGGGCGCGCCGCCGCCUGGCGACAGCGCCGGCCGCGUGCUACCCGCGCUGCUGCCGCAGGACCCCACGCAGCACCUGUACCUGCUGCACGUGCUCGCCGAGCGGAACAAGCGGUACUUGCCGGAGCACGCAGAACUAUACAAACAAAUAGAACGAGCUCGCAUCCAGUUCGCACACUACCUGGCCACGGGGCAGGAGAGCGCCGCAAAGAUAUCCAAGGAGUUCUAUGAAGAGGCCCUGGCGGAGAUGGCCAAGUACCUCACAGAGACUACCACGGACUUUGACCUGUACGCUAUAGUGCUUGCCACGGUUUUGCUUUACCUUCUAGUAGGCGCGCUAGCCUGCACUACCCUGUUUUCCCUGCAACCAGAGCCUUUAAGGAAGAUAAGUGUCACAAAACUACACAAGCCCAAGGCCGGCACUCUACUCGCCUUCGCCAUUAUGUACUCCAUAAUAUCUAGCAUCGUCGCCACAUCGUGCUUUUUAUCAGAAACCAAAAGCGAAUUCUGUUCCUUCAAACCCGAAUGGUGUAUAAUAUUUCUAACAGUUUCCUUCAUCAUGACCUUGGCAUAUUUUACCAUAAAAACCGGUAUAGAGAGGAUCAAAGAUCUAUCAACAUUACGCGAUUUAAACGCAAUAGAUUAUUUGCUGAUAUGUGGGACUUUGUUCCACUCUUGGUCCUUCUUUGGUACAAGUUUCAUAGAAGAAGAACAUAUGACAUGGUACUAUUUCUGGAAUACAUUGAUGUUUUUUGUGCUAAUAAGAACGAUUGUGGUGGUCGUUAUGUACUUUACAAAGAGAUUGAGUGGUGCGACGGAGUUCCAAGAGAAGCCGGAGUUAGAGAAUAAGAUGAGUUUGGUCGGUGUGAGUGUUGUGCCGCAGUGGGUUCUGUUGAUUGCUUUGCAUAGGUAUCUGAGAACAAUGAACCAGACAGGGGACCGUUGGAUGUUCCUCCCCGAUACGGCGGACUGGCUCAACGCACCAGAAAAUUCUAUCUAUUUGGAAGCUCAUAUUGUAAUAGGUACUGUUCUAACUCUAGCAAUAUGUCUAUGGAACGUCCGGUACAUGAACAAUUACAUGCAAAUGCACUCAGCCAUAACCACCAUAGCCGCAGCCUGCAUACUAUUCUAUAGAAUCACUACAAAUUCCCUACAAACCCCCUUCGAAACCAUAAAAUCAUGGGAUCCGGUGAUUAUAAUCGAUGUGUUUUGGGGUCUAUUAAUCGCUCAAGUUUGUUUAGAAUUAUUAACUUACAUAGGAGUCUUUAAAAUAUGCGGUUUUAAAAUUACUGGCAACAAAUUUGUUUACAACAAGCCUAAAGCGAAAGAGGAAGAUUAUUUCUAUGACGAAAAUUCUCAACCAUGGAACUUAGAGGAUGUCAAACUGAAGUUGGUCAGGUCUAUCACUCACAUCAUGUACAAUGAUCUGAUGUUGAUAGUUAUUUUGUUGAUGCGACCUCAUAAUGUUAUUAUGGUGCCGAGUAUUUAUUUCACGUGUCACUUAACGUCUAAGUGUUUGGACCAUAAGUUGUUAGACGCGAGGACUGCAAGAAGGACUGAAGUAGCGGAUAUAUUGAGUAAAUCACUUGUCCAUUUGUGGAUUGGUGUGUUGUUCUUCUUUUAUCAGGGCAACUCCAACUCGCUGGCGUCAGUGGACCUGGGCGCGGGCUACGUGGGGCUGCGCGAGUACGGCGCGGCGCGCGUGGCACUGCGCAUGGGCCUGCACGCGUACGCCGCGCCCGCGCUCGCCGGCGCCGCGCUCUUCGCAGGGCUCGCGCGCGCCGCGACUGACUGGCGGCAAUACGUACAAUCUGUGUGGCGCGUCACGAACAUUUACGCGUUGCAGAGAGUGUAUCAAGUAGUCAUUUAUUGUGUCAUAGCGACUGUGUUUAGAUAUCACUUGUUUGUGUGGAGUGUGUUCUCACCAAAACUGCUUUACGACUUUGUCGCGACCGUUUUUUCUAUACAAGCAUUAUCAACUAUUGGAGUCAUAAUAUUGUUAACGCACGCCACCAGUUGGGUCGCAAAAAUAUUUACCUUUAAAUCCACGUUG